CGAAACAUGAACAUAUGCUAUACCGGAUUCAGGUUUAACUCUUUACAAGGGGUGUUCAUUUGCUAUAUCAAUAUCACGUAUUUUGUUUAAACGUUUAAGUUAGUGUCGCAUUUUACACAGUGUAGUUUUUUUACAUGUCAAGCGACGACUGACUCAUCUACUUCUACGAACAGCUUAAAUAAACUUGCCUUCCGUGUUACUUUCGUUUUUAGGUUAUAAAGAAAGAAAGAAAAUAAAGAAAAGAAUGACUUUUGGGACCGCAAUUAUUAUUGUAAACGAAGAUUGCAGAGAUGAACCAAAAAGAACGGGCGCUAAAAAAGAUGAUGAAAAUAUGAAAACGAUGUUUACAGACCUUGGUUUUGAUGUUAAGCCGCAUGUCAAUAAAACGGCCUCGGAAAUAAGAACAGUAUUCAAAGAAGCGUCUUCAAUACAAAGUGACAUCAUCGUGUUCGUCAUUAGCACGCAUGGAGAAGAAAGUCACCUUGAAAACAUCAACUCUGACGGAACCAAGGUGUACGAUCAAAUGAUUUUCGGGUGCAACGGAGAGACAGUAUCCGUAAAUGAACUUCUCAGUCUGCUCGAUAAUGACGCGCUAAGGGGGCGAACUAAGCUGUGUUUUAUACAGGCGUGUAGAUCAAUCCGGAAAGGUAAAAAGGCACAACAGGUGGAUCUUGGCGUUACUGUUCGGGUUGCGGAUGCAAAAGUUGAUGACAAAGCAAACGACAUGGUGCGUGACAAAGCAGACGACAUGGAGUCUGACAGUGAAGAUGAGACAGACAUAGGAGAAGGGGACACCGGAGUGAUGCCGAAGCUCCCCGAAACAGAAAUAGAACCAGACAAAUCUGCGAGCGACUCUAAAAGUGACAUAGCGCCAGAAAAAUGCGAUUCUGAGAUUGCAAUAGCACCUGUUCAAUGUCCAAGAGAUUGUCUUGUCAUGUACGGUGUUCAACCACAUAAAUUGGCGUUGCGAAGUGCGACAAAAGGGUCGUGGAUGUUACACUACAUGUAUGAAGAACGCAACAUCCUAAAUCAAAAUGACGGAAAUGUCCUUAAAUACUUGACUACUGUCCUGAGUAAAAUGGCUCACCAUAAUUCCAAGUAUGGUGGUAAGAAAGUGCAGACCAUGUAUGGUGGUCAGAAAAGUGCAGUCCACGUAUGGUGGUCAGAAAGUAAAACUUUGCGGCACAAUUUAUCAUCGAUUGACUCGCGAGGUUUUCAUGAAGAAAAUGUAAUAACAGUUUUAAUUGUUCGAUACAAUAUGUAUGAUGGUGUGGUUGCGCAACAGUUUAGAUAACAAUUGUUUUGACGGCACAAAGCCACGCGACAUGUAAAGCAGACGAACUAGAAUUGAAGUAAAUUGAAGGCGUUCCCCGUCGAUCAUCAUUGACGACACUUUCUUAAAAGGUGAUUAUAAGAAUUGACUUUUUUUUCCGCGGGCUACACCAUGUUUGAGCUUAGUUGCAUUUAUAUGUCGUAUUUUCGAUAAACGCUCAAGGAUCAUCAUCGGCAGCAGCAGCAACAAAAACAGGAUAAUAGCUACAUUCAAAAUUAAUAUUCAGCAUUAAGAUUAUUGUUUUACUGAGGGUUAUGAUGUGUUGUUUUUAUCGAGAGAUAUCACAUCUUUUGGGUUACAUUAACUUUACCAAUGUUUUACCGGUUUUUAAUGGAUUUUGCAAACUCAAAUUACUUUAAGCAACUGAUUACGUUUUACAUUUUGACCGUAAACGAUGUGCAAAAAGUUUAAUAAUUUAUAUAAAGAAAACAAUGAUUGCAUACAAAGAUAAAGUUAACACUAGAAAUCCCUCCAGAUAUGGUCAUUUUACUUUUAAUUGUUGUGACUACCUUCAAACCCAAAUGCGAAGCACACAUGCAAGGGGAUUGUUACUAUUAAAGUACGAAGACCGCGGUAGCCAAUUUAGAAUUGAACAAAAAUAUCAUGUUUGUGACUAACGUCAACCACACCUUUACCUAUAAGCAUGAAAACAUAUGUAAAUAUCAUAGGCAGUUGAUGGGUAAAGUAAAUAUGUCACCCCGCGGUGGACGGCAUUUAUCGACGGUUGAAAUGUUUACUAUACUCCGCGACAAACGUGCUUCUUCAAAAUGACAAACCAAUCGAACGUACUGCUUUUCUGUGAAAAUCAUGCGCCCAUUAAAAUCGAUUCAUUAUAUACAUUUUGAAAUGCGCCAAACUAUUAUUAGCUUGCACGAUAUGUUCAGGCUUCCUCGCGAGAUGUAUCCUGAAAUAACUGCCAGAUCGAGAUAUAUUACGUUCCAAAGUCAUGGCCUAUUAUCAUUAUGAGGAUAUGUGUAUAGGAAUAUAUACAUAUUUUUUAAUCAAUGUAGCUAUUAAUAUGUGCAUACUGUUGAAAUUUGACCCAAAUGAAUAUCGAGUGUUCAGUGGCAGAAAAUUUUUCUUACGAUACUAAAAUAAGGUUUGCGAGAAGUUUAAGUACUUUUCUACGUAUUCUUAGGGUUCACUCAGAUUACUCAUACCACUCAUAUUAAAUUUUGAAUCUAACAAAUUAAGCGAUCAUAAGUAUAUAAAUUCAAACGCCUUAUUCGAACAUGUACUAAAGAAGAAUUUAUUUAGUUCUUUUUUGUGUGAAUAAGCAAAUUAAAUCAGAACUACCAUAUUCCAUGUUGUUCAGAAUACGAAUAUCUGAAUUGUUAUGUUCCGCGGGCUCGCCUGUUUGUUUGUUUAUUUCAUUGUUUGCCUAUGUUUAUGUAUAAUACUCGUCAUAUUCAGAAAUCUUAAUUGCUACUUGUAAAAACUAUAAUUAUACGGUAAUUAUUAGAUGAUUAAUUGCCCACAUUUAUUUUAGUCAACUAAAAAUAGUGUUGUAUCUUUAUACAGAUGUGAUAUACAUGUAGACUUGCUUGAUUGUAACAUUUCCUGGCUUCUGCAAUCGAUGCAAGAUAUCUCUGCUAUUUUUUGCUACUAUUAUUAGCUUAAUAACCCACAUGGUAUGCGUAACAUGAACAAUUGUAUAUAUUAGUUUAUUUCCACGAAUAUCAACAUCAUGAUAGCAUCCCUUACACACAAAUUAUUUGUAAACAUGUUUUUUUGCACACAACUGUUUUUUAUCACGUUAUAUUGUAUGUACACAACUUAUUACUGUAUGAUCACUUUCUCUUUCCAUGAUAUAUCUAUUAUUUUAUAAUGGUUAAGUUUGGCUUUGUAAUAUGUACCAAACGUAAUAAAUUUAUGUUAUGUUU